AGUUGGCACAAAGUUCCCAUUUUCUCUUUCUUGCGAGCAAAAGAGAAGAGUUCGAGCGAGCAUCAGCUGCGGCUUCUCCAAUGGCGGAAGCCACUCCAGGGCUCCGCAUCGUCCUCCACCAGCACACCAAAGAGCGCGCUCGAGCCCCUGUCUCUGUUUCCAGUCAUGCCGAUCGUGACCGCGUCGUCGAGGUAUUUAGGAAUGCAUUGUCACGACCUGAAUCUCCAGAAAAUUUUGCUCUUCAAGCUGUUCAGGAAGCUAUUAAACCCCAGAAACAAACUGUUUUGAUCCAAGAUGAGAAUCAAACACUGGAAAAUGCCCUCCGGACAUUACUUCAGGAAUUGGUGUCAGCUGCAGUUCAGUCAGGCGAGAGGAUAGUGCAGUAUGGACAAUCAAUUGAUAACGAGGAUGCUGUUGGUCAGAUACCACGUCUACUAGAUAUUGUCUUGUAUCUUUGUGAAAGAGGACAUGUCGAAGGUGGUAUGGUGUUCCAGCUUUUAGAAGAUUUGACUGAAAUGUCCACUGUGAAAGAUUGCAAAGAAGUUUUUGCAUAUAUUGAGAGAAAGCAAGAUAUUUUGGGAAAGCAAGAGCUUUUUGGAAGAGGGAAACUUGUGAUGUUGAGGACAUGCAAUCAACUUCUUCGUAGACUAUCUAAGGCAAAUGAUGUGGUAUUUUGUGGACGGAUUCUUAUGUUUCUUGCCCAUUUCUUUCCAUUGACUGAGCGUUCAGCUGUUAAUAUGAAGGGAGUUUUCAACACAUCAAAUGAAACAAAGUAUGAGAAAGAUGCUCCAGAAGGAGUUUCAGUUGAUUUCAACUUCUACAAAACCUUCUGGAGUUUACAGGAACAUUUCUGUAAUCCAGCUUCAUCAACACUUGCUCCAUCCAAGUGGCAAAAGUUUGUAUCAAGUUUCACGGUUGUGUUAGAUACAUUUGAAGCUCAACCUCUUAGUGAGGAUGAUGGAAAUGUUAAUAACCUGGAGCAAGAAGAAGCUGCUUUCAGCAUUAAAUAUUUAACCAGCAGCAAAUUAAUGGGCUUAGAGUUGAGAGAUCCAAGUUUCCGUCGGCAUAUUCUUGUGCAAUGUCUUAUACUAUUUGACUAUCUUAAAUCACCUGGGAAAAAUGACAAAGAUGGGCCUUCAGAAGGCAUGAAAGAAGAAAUUGGUGCAUGUGAAGAGCGUGUAAAGAAACUUCUAGAGAUCACUCCACCUAAGGGGAAAGAAUUUCUUCAAAGCAUUGACCAUAUAUUGCAGCGGGAGAAAAAUUGGGUUUGGUGGAAACGAGAUGGUUGUCCAGCAUUUGAAAAGCAACCUGUUGAGAGAAAGGCAUUACAAGAUGGUGCUCGGAAACGUAAGCCAAGGUGGAGAUUGGGUAAUAGAGAAUUAUCACAGUUAUGGAAAUGGGCAGAUCAAAAUCUGAACGCUCUGACUGAUCCGCAACGUGUUCGGACUCCUUCAGUUGCUGAGUACUGGAAGCCCCUCGCUGAAGAUAUGGAUGAUUCUGCUGGAAUUGAAGCUGAAUAUCAUCAUAAAAACAAUCGUGUUUACUGUUGGAAAGGCUUGCGCUUUUCAGCCAGGCAAGACUUAGAAGGAUUUUCUAGGUUCACUGAUCAUGGCAUUGAAGGAGUUGUUCCUCCUGACCUAUUACCACCUGAAGUUCGGUCCAAGUAUCAUGCAAAACCUAGUGAGAGGAACAAGCGCGCCAAAAAGGAAGAUGAACAGAAAAACAUGGCGACUCAACAACCUGAAGACAACCAGGCUGCAAACACAGCAGUUGAAACUGACGGUGGUGGAAAUGGAGGUGAUCUAGAAGAUGCUGCACCAGAAAGUCAGAAACAGAGUCCGGAGAUGGAACUAGGGCAGGAGGCCGCGCAGUCUGAAGUAGAAACAGGUGAAGUUGAGGCCAAAGAUGACAUCGAAAUGAAGGGCGAGGAUGAAGCUACUACAGCAGAUGAUCCUGAAGUUGAAUCUGAUCCACCCGGCAAAAUGUAGUGCAACUCAAACACAGCUCUCUUGACUCGAAAUAUUUGAAUUGGCUCUUUCAAAGUUGCCACUGGAGGAAGCUGUUAUCACCGUCAUCGACUUUUAAUCUUCUCUUCUCAAAGGACAAUGUGCAAGGCCAAGUUGCACGGAAUUUGAGGACUUGAUAUAAUUUGGUGGUAGUGAACAAUGCAGUAAGAUGUGAAGAUUGGUUGCAUGCUUUAUCAUCUACUGCCAUCUGCAUGGGAGUUGGACAUCCUUGUUUCUGAAAAUGAAAGAUCAGUUGAUAAUGUAACUCUAGUAAUUUUAUUGCUGCUCAUAUAUAACAGUUUUUUUAAUGCUAUGGAUAAAUCUUGUAGUUAAUGUAUUUAUUAGGUACAAUAGUUUCAUUUCAAUAUUUGGUUUCUAUACAGACAAACAGAAGGUGGUGGUGAGUGGUACUGGUAUGGUAGUUGUUCAAUGGUUGUUUGGAAUGUAGCAGGAUUGCUUUGAUUCACAUUAAUCUUUUUGGAAUACAA